GUCGCGUAAUAGAAACGUUAUUUAAGUAUUACAAUUGUUUUGAACAAGCCACGUAACAAUCGAAAGCUUAUCAUAAAAAACCUGGUAGUUUAUGUUCUUGCAUAUUUCCAAUAUACAUUCCAAUAAAACAUUACAAAUUAUAUAAAUAUUGGAAAAUUUUCUAAUAAUAUGGAUGAAUUCUCAAAUACAUCACGAAUUGAGGAAUCCUUGAACAUUGCUGGUAAAGAUUGGAAUCGAAUUAGAAGUGCUGCUGAAAAGGGUGGUUACAGAGAAGGAAUAGAUAAUGGAUCAGAAUCUGUGUUUCAAGAAGGUUUUGAUAUAGGUUACGAAGAAGCUUUCAAAACUGCUUUUGUUUUAGGAAAAUUUAAGAGUUUAUUAAAUGCUGUGCCGCACAAUAUGAAGCAUCCACAAAAUAUAAGCGAAAUUCUUGAUAAAACUAGAAGAGGUGCAUGUCACAUAUGUGAAAUGGAAUUUCAAAAUAAAAAUGAUGAUACACAGAAGCAGUUUUCAGAUAUUAUUAAUGAUCAAAGAGCACAUUCCAUAAAAGUAAUCGAAACACUGUAUGGGUAUUUUCAACCAUACAUAAGGGACUUAAAUAUCAAUGAAUCAAAUAUAUUAGAAAUACCAAAUCAGGUUCCACAGCUAUUUGAAGAUAAUUAA